AUGUACAGCUUCAUGGGAGGUGGGUUGUUCUGUGCCGGAGUCGGGAACAUACUCCUCAUUGUCUCCACGGCAACUGACUACUGGAUGCAGUACCGUCACUCCAGCAAUUACAUGCACCAGGGCCUGUGGCGGUACUGUGUGCCGGGGAAAUGCAUGACACACACAGACAGCAUUGCGUACUGGGAUGCCACCCGGGCCUUCAUGAUUCUUUCCCUGCUGGCUUGUUUCAUCGGCAUUGUGAUCGGCGUCAUGGCCUUCAUCCACUACUCCUCCUUUGACGGAUUUGACAAGACAUUUGCAGCCGGCAUCCUUUUCUUCAUCUCCUGCUUCUUUGUGUUGCUGGCCAUGGCUGUCUACACAGGAGUGACAGUGAACUACUAUGGUAAACGCUAUGGCAGCUGGCGAUUUUCCUGGUCCUAUAUAAUGGGCUGGGUGGCAGUGGUGCUCACAUUCUUCUCAGGUAUCUUCUACAUGUGUGCCUACAGAAUGCAUGAAUGCCCAAGAAACUCUAACUCGCGCUAACCUGCAAAAAACAUCAACACACACAUACACACGAGCACUGGUCCAUAAUAUACGGCCAAGAGGACCCAAUCAGC